AUGAAAUCCUCGAAGCAGUUGCACUUGACAACCAUUUCUAGAGGGUGGAGAGUCAGAUGGAAGAAAAUGAAUAAGAACGGAGGACGCACAAAUGUAGGAAAUGAUCCAUCUGACGUCAUAGAAGAAGUCCUUACUGCGUCAUUCGGCUCCCGUCAGUGUUCACUGGUUCUAGUCACAGACGGAUCUUCGUCAACUGCUUCCAUGGACUCGGUGAUCAAGAAUUUUGGUGUGCAAGGAGGCAUCGGUGGUGUGUUCGAAGUGAUUUGGGACACGGCCGACGAUAACCUCACCAUGGCGGACAACCCCUGGAUGAUUCAGCAAAUGCAAAUGAUCAAGAAAACUUCCCGAUGUCAGACGGUCAUCUUGGUCAGCGAGGAAGGCGAACUUCUGAAAGUACUUCUGCGCCAAAUUCACGAGAAUGAACUCCUGGUUUGGCCAACCAAGCUCAUCGCUGUUACGCAUGCGCAGGUCUCGUUGUUCAGCCCGGUCCGUAAAGAGAUAUUAUCCGUCACAAACAGCGUUUUGGUGACGCUCGAAGGAAAACCCGAGCUGAAAAGGUGCAAACUGCUUUUGCUACCUUCUUGGACGACAAGAGGACUCCAGCUGAAUUCUCAUCUUCCUCUUCUGCCAAAUAAGUUCAUGAAGCUGAUCGAUGGGGGACAACUGAGAGUUGCAUCUGAGAACUAUCCGCCCCACGUGACGCUGGAGGAGAUGCAAGUUAGCGAUGAUAGCGGUGCCAAACGACUCUCCUACACUGGGCCGAUGCUCAUACUGUUCGAUCUCCUCGCAAGUCGAAUUAAUUUCACUUAUUCGCUAGUUCGCCCACCGGAUCGAUCCUGGGGCAUUCGACGUCCUGAUGGCUCCUGGACGGGCAUGGUGGGCAUGAUUCGUCGAAAGGAGGUCGACAUGGCCAUAGGACCCUUCGGAAUCACUUACAUCCGGGCUCAAGUGCUGGACUACACUCGUUCCAUGUUCGUAGACUACGUUCGGGUUCUGGCAAAGAGAGGGAGGUCUGAAGUGGACCCUUGGGGCUUCGCCAUGCCCCUGGCGCCAGUCGUCUGGGGGUCUACGUUUGGCACCUUGGUUGUUUUCUUGGUCGUGUCUGCAGUGAUGUAUUUCACUGCCCUAGAACGCACAGGGAGUUUCGGACAGACGGUUUUACUCUGGGUCAUCCUGACCUUCGUCGUCGUCAGGUGUUACAGCGGGAAUCUCAUGUCGCUGCUGGCCGUGCGAUACAUCUCACAGCCUUUUCAAACGCUAAGACGCGUGGAGCAGGACCCACGAAUUACGAUGGUGUGGGAGGCUGACACAGCUUUCAUUCAGACUUUAAAAAGCGCCCAGUCGGGCAUCUUCCACGACGUCGCCGAAAAAGAAAGCGUAGGAAGAUUCAAGGUCAUCAGCAGCGUGGACUAUUCCUCGACCAUCGAAAACGACGUGAUGAGGGGGGACCAUGUCCUGAUAGUGGAGGACCUCUCCUGCAAGAUGCUCCUGGCUGACCAUUUUACGAAAACCGGAACGUGUGAAUUCUACCUGUCGAAGGAGAUGUUUCUCCCGCUAACUUUUGCUAUGGUCAUGCAGAAACACAGUCCGCUAGGAUUAGCUGUUAAUGAAAGAGAUCCCAGAGACGCGACGCGCAAGAGACCCCAAAGAGAAAACAUAAGAGGCUGA